GCCAACUCAUUUGCUAUUCCAAGCACGUUCACAAGCAUUGAUGGUGCAUAGAGCGGAGGGUUGGGAAAUGUCGCCAGGUCUGUGGACGACGCCAGACUACGUGCACUGUUUCUGCGAGGACUUCACUCUUUCCAAAGACAUGAUAAAUUUGAAAUCCUCCAAGUGCAUAAUGUAAAGAAGUCACAGCAGAUGUUAUUGUUAAUACACUGGGAAUAAACUUACGAUGUGUUUCUGAAUGGUAGACAGUUGAUACAUACGGGACUGCAGGUGUUAUGUUUGUUUGACUGUUUGAGUAAAGAGAAGCACAUCGGCAGUAUAGCAGUCGUUUGGUGCAGGGAAAAGUUAGUCAGACAGACAGACAGAAACACCAGAAGCACGGAAAAAAAGAAAUAGGACAUAUCAGUGGCACCUGUCGACCAACCGCUGUUGGCUAAUGUUAUAAACUAGGAAUAAACCAAACUGUGUGCUUAUAUGGAUGAGAGGCCGUUGAUAGAGGGUGCACAUUUGAGUGACUCUGAUUCAUCAUUUGAAUCUCUCCCUGCAGUAAGGAGAGGUGGAGGAGAGAUGGGGAUGACGCAGAGAGGGGGAGAGAUGGGAAUGAAACACAGAGGGGCAGAAAAUGGAGUGACACAAAUAGUAGGAGAUGCGGAGAGUAAUCUGACGGAGAAUGGAGGACUGCACAAACAAGUCACUGACUCGGAGCAGAAAGUGACGUACACCAUCCAAGAGGCCAUAGACCACAUGGGAUUUGGACGGUACCAGGUCAUGAUAUUCUACUAG